AUGGCAAAUAAAGGCUUACUUUAUGUCCUUGGCAUUUUUUUACCACUAUGGACUUUUUUGAUCUGUAUUUUUUUCAAACAGAUAUUCCUCAUACAUAAAAGUCAAAACAUUGAUAAUUCAUAUACUUAUCUAUCCCAAAGGGCAAAAGAGCAAUAUGACUCAAGCCGAAGAAGAAACUACUUCCCGGAUUUGAAACUGUCUCGUAAUAGUUAUGAAGACUACACUUUAGAUUAUAGAAGACAAGAUGAAUUUGGUUGCUUUUAUCAGAGGGAAAAUGCAACGAUACUGAUGUUAGUGAGAAACUCAGAAUUGGAAGGGGCGUUAGAUUCUAUGAGAUCCUUAGAAGAUAGAUUCAAUAAGAGAUACCAUUACGAUUGGACGUUCCUCAAUGACGUUCCCUUUGACCAAGACUUCAUUGAAGCCACUACAGCCAUGGCAAGUGGGAAGACCCAGUACGCCUUAAUCCCGCCUGAGGAUUGGAACCGACCACAAUGGAUUAAUGAAACAUUAUUUGAGGCUAGACUACACGAGAUGGAGACAGAGGGUGUCCUAUACGGUGGAUCCAGGUCGUAUAGAAAUAUGUGUCGGUUCAAUUCUGGAUUCUUCUUCAAGCAAUCGAUAUUGAAUAACUAUGAUUAUUAUUUUAGAGUGGAACCUAAUGUCGAGUACUAUUGCGAUUUCCCGUAUGAUCCAUUCAGGGUCAUGAGAUUGAAAGGUAAAAAAUACGGGUUUGUCAUUUCAUUGUAUGAAUACGAAGAGACCAUACCGACUUUAUGGAACGUCGUGGAGGAAUAUUUGGAGACGAAUGAAGGGAAAAUCCUGAGUAAAGAGGACAGCGCUUAUGCGUUUUUGACCGAUUCAAACUUAGUCGGGAAGUAUUAUCCUGUUGUUGAGGCAAACUCCGAUUACAAUUUGUGUCAUUUUUGGUCAAAUUUCGAAAUCGGUGACUUGAAUUUUUUCAGAAGUGACGAAUACAAGACCUUUUUUGAGACAUUGGACUCCAAGGGUGGGUUUUAUUACGAGAGAUGGGGGGACGCACCGGUGCAUUCCAUUGGCGUGUCCCUGUUACUAAGGCCAGACGAAAUCAUUCAUUUUGAUGAGCUUGGCUAUUUCCAUUCACCAUUCGGUACCUGUCCGGCAUCUCACGCAGUAAGGCUCGACCAACGAUGUAGAUGUAAGAGUGAUGACGUGAGCGUCAUAGACAUAGAGCCACACAGUUGCUUGAUGAGGUGGUGGAAAAAUGGGAGCGGCAAACACUUUCUAAAAGAGGUGCAAGGCAGGAAUUCUGAAUAUGUCUUGUAA